UUUGCGCAUGCGCGCUCGUGCUGUUCUGCGGCCUCCGAGGCCGCGCCUGCGCACUGCCGCACCUGGUGGCGCCUAGCGGCACUUCCGCCCUCACCGGGAGCCGCGGCGGUUUUGCGACAGCCGUAAGUGCGCGGGGCGGGCGGCGGAAGGAGCGGACGGGAGCGGAGCGGAGCGGGCGGCGGCGCGAUGAGGCCGCAGCAGGCGCCUGUGUCGGGCAAGGUGUUCAUCCAGCGCGACUACAGCGGAGGGACGCGCUGCCAGUUCCAGAGCAAGUUCCCGGCCGAGCUGGAGAACCGGAUUGACAGGCAGCAGUUUGAGGAGACAGUCAGGACACUGAACAACCUCUAUGCAGAAGCUGAGAAACUUGGGGGCCAAUCUUACCUUGAGGGCUGUCUCGCCUGCCUGACUGCCUACACCAUCUUCCUGUGCAUGGAGACACACUAUGAAAAGGUUCUAAAGAAAAUUGCUAAGUUCAUUCAGGAACAGAAUGAGAAGAUCUACGCUCCUCAGGGCCUUCUGCUGACAGACCCCAUUGAAAGAGGAUUAAGAGUUAUUGAAAUUACCAUUUAUGAAGACAGAGGUUUGACCAGUGGAAGAUAAAACUGUGGAGUCUCAGAUGCCAGCUCACCGGUGGACUCGCUGUACCAAGGUUCCCCUACCUCCUACUUUAGAGCAUCAUUCCUUUCUCUGCUGCCAGAUCCACAGUGCCAUCUACUACAAGGACUAACUUCCUCCAACUGCUCCCCAGGGGUGACCUAGCUGGUCAGCAUCCACUUUGCAGUAGAUUUGGAAGCAAGAGGAUCACUUUUUAGUUUUUGUUUGGUUUGGGGUUUUCUUUUUUUUUUCCUCAAGAAAAGGCAGAAGUGGUAAAGCUGUGUUGUCUCCUGAAAGAAAUGGGGCUCUGAGCCCAACAGAGGUUUAGUUUUAGUCCUGUAAGUGCAGUGCUGUUUGUCCCUGGUUUUAAACCCUUCUGUGUGUCAGUUGGGCUUUGGAAAGCUCCAGCUCCAAGUUGGGAAUUUCUCUCCAGUUCAGUGUAAGAGUGCAGAGAUACACAGAGCCUCUUCCCAGUGAGGAGUGACCCAAGGCAGCAGCUCCUGUGCUGGUCCUUGUGGAAAACCAAAAGGCAAAAGUGUUCCUUGAGUUAAAGUCUUGGUUAUCCUGGGGAGAGGGGGCUGUAGCCAGACUUUAACCCUGCUGGUUUGUCUGCCCCUGUGUCUGUGCUGUUGUUGGCCAGGUCAGCCAUGGAACAGUGAGCACAGUAAAGUGGAUGCUGAGCCAAUAAAAAUAACAAUUCCCACCCUUCUCUGAUUAAUAUGUGAAGUGUAAAACUGUUUCUUUAUGGAUUUCUUAUAUAUAAUUUAUAGGAAAACAUUGAUUUGACAAGCUGUAAGAUACUGUGUAGGAUGGAUUUCUGAAUUCUGUUUCUGGCACACAUUGAGGAGUGGAGCUGUGCAUUCCUCAGCAUCCCCGUGCAUUGCUCAGCAGAACCUGCACGAGUGCAGCUCCCCACAAUCCAAGCUGGCUGAAUCCCUCCCCUUCCAUCCUUUUCCUGUGUCACAGCCCAGGUGUCCUGGUGUAGGGGCCCAGUGUCAGUGUCCAGUUGUGCAAGGACCUCAGGAGUUCAGGCUGGAGGGGCUGGGUUGGUUGCUGGUGGUGCUGCAGGUGCUAAUACUGGAUGUGGAACUCCAGGCUCAUUCCUCAGCCACUGGGGGAGGGGGUUGAGAUUUGAUUAAUAUUUUCAUUGUAUAAAUUUGGUUUUUUUCUAAACUGUAACAGUGUUUGCCUUUCACAGCUGUUGCAAUAUUGGCAGAAGUACUGAUGGAUCAGUAAACCUUUUCUUAAACUGUG